CUGAAAAAUGGUGUAGGACUGGAUACGCCACAGCUCCAGCCUGCCACGUCUUUCAGGGUCGAGUUUUCUGCAUCACAAAGCCUCGUUGCCCUUCGAUGGCAAAGAAAGAAAAGGAAAAAGUUUGUCUCUUCAGAUACAUGACCUCGGAACAAGAAUACGUCUUGAUAUUCUAUACAUUGCGAACCUGAUGAAAACCGAAUUAGGCCUUAUGUCAAAGCUAGUCGAUAAACCUAGGUGGAAUUUCCUGUCCUUCGCCAAACCAACUUCAGGACAUGUGACGACAAGUCAGACACCUCCACCAUCGACAAUACAAAUGCCUCCACCGAUACCAAAUAUCCCAAACUUUGAGGACUAUUUGUUACAACCGGCCGAUGAUGGAACGCUUCGGAAAGCUUGGAUACUUUUAGAUGGACUUAUAGACUCACACGUCAAGGAGUUCUACCAGAGUGACCAGACGACAGGCACCGUGGACAGUAUUGCGAAGGAUAUCGACGAAUGUGAUGUAGUCACUGGAGCCGCCAGAAUACAAGAUCUGGCGGAGUUCAUGUAUUGGCCCCAAUACAGACAAUUAGGUUUGCGAAUUUGCAUGGCGAGAAUAUUGCUAUCUAGCAUUGACCUUCAUGGGCCUUGGGAAGACACUUCACUUCCUGUUCAAGUUGUUAAACUUCUUGGAAAAUUUCAGGUAGUCCAUCCUACUGCAAAUGCAGUGGACGACGUUGCUCUCGCUAAAUGGAGAAUGCUUACUGCUUUCUUGCUAUCUCCAACUGCAAAAGCGAACAGUAAAGAACCUCGAACCCAAGAGUAUUAUCCGUGCGUGGAUGCAUUAGAUGAAGUCUUGGGUAGAUUUACCAAGAAGGUACAGAAUCAGAGCGAGUUCAAUGAGAAUAGAUUGAGAAGUCUCUAUAAGCUCGCAUCUCAUACUGCUUCCUUCGGGGAAAAACUGUUCGGUCAUCCAUCGACUUGGAUCUUUCAAUGGACCACCCAAAGCACACCCCAUCAGUCUAGGAACGCUAGCCAAGAUUCGGAUCCUGGCACCCCCACGGCUCCUGAAGAAGAGAAAGAUGAUAUUGUUCUGUUUCCUGCUUUGCUGAGAUCUGAUGCUCCUGCCAAAGCAGGAAAACAGAAAGGACGACCUGUCGUUGUACAACCAGCUGAUGUUGGUAGCGGCUUCGUAUCUAGAGAAAUCACAUUCUUGGAGAAGAAAAAGAAUGAACCCGCUCCAUCUAUCGACGAUGGAUAUACCAUUAUCAGCCAAGAUGCCGAGCUCUUGAGAAGCAACAGUGAGAGGGAAGUGCCGAGCAGACCAGGACUACCAAUCAGACGACAAUCAACACAACUUUCGACCCAUCAUGCAAAUAUUGUCGAUGCGGACUACACGCAGCGUAUGGAAAGAGAAAGGCAGCGCCCGACACAAGAGAGAGAUCGUACGGAUAGAGCUCAGCUCGAAGGCUCAAGGAAUUUUUAUACGUUGCAAACUUCGGAUCUCGUGUACAAUAACUCUGAUCAUUACUCGGAUGAGAACGAGCGGUCUACAAGACGGCGUAUGCGGCGGAGCAAGAAGAAUAGGUCGCAAGGUGGCAGGAGUUAGAUUAAUAUAAGUACAAUUGUCUGCGUCAAAUACAUGAUACUAUCUU